AUGAUUCCGUUUCCACUGUUACCGACGCCGAUUGAAUCAAAUUACAGGCCUUGCACCAUUCCUUACAGAUUCCCUUGUGAUAACCCCAAAAUAGCCACUCCCACUGAAAUCUCGUGGAUCAACGUCUUCGCCAAUUCCAUCCCUUCUUUCAAGAAACGUGCAGAGAGCGAUACGACUGUUCCUGAUGCUCCUGCUAAAGCUGAAAAUUUUGCUCAAAGGUAUGGUGGAAUUCUUGAAGACUGGAAGAGAGAUCCACAGAGCCAUGGCGGUCCACCAGAUGGCGUUAGUCUCGGCCGAGUUCGUGAGCAAAUACUGAGAGAGUUAGGAUUUAGGGACAUAUUCAAGAAAGUGAAGGAUGAAGAGAAUGCAAAGGCUAUAUCUCUAUUUCCUGAAGUUGUAAGUCUGAGUGAUGCUAUUGAAGAUGAAGGAAAGCGAUUAGAGAAUUUGGUGAGAGGGGUCUUUGCUGGAAACAUCUUCGAUCUUGGUUCUGCGCAGCUUGCUGAGGUUUUUUCAAGAGGUGAUGGUAUAUCUUUCUUGGCUAGUUCUCAAAACUUGGUGACAAGACCAUGGGUCAUUGAUGACUUGGACAACUUCCAAGCUAACUGGAUCAAGAAGCGGUGGAACAAGGCAGUGAUUUUUGUUGAUAAUUCUGGUGCAGACAUAAUCUUGGGUGUUUUGCCGUUUGCAAGAGAGAUGCUUCGCCGAGGAAUGCAGGUGGUGCUUGCCGCUAACGAGCUGCCAUCCAUCAACGAUGUAACAUAUACAGAGCUCAGAGAGAUCUUGUCACAGUUGAAGGAUGAAAAUGGCCAGUUGUUAGGCGUUGAUACUUCGAAGCUUGUGGUUGCAAAUUCAGGGAAUGACUUAGCGGUAAUCGAUCUCUCAAGAGUAUCACAGGAGCUUGCUGACCUUUCAUCUGAUGCAGACUUGGUCAUCAUAGAAGGCAUGGGUCGUGGAAUUGAGACAAACCUCUAUGCUCAGUUCAAGUGUGAUUCUCUCAAGAUCGGAAUGGUGAAGCAUAUUGAAGUAGCAGAGUUUCUCGGGGGACGGCUUUAUGACUGUGUCUUCAAUUACAAUGAAGUUGAGAGUUAA